UCCUCCUCUUUCCCCCCCUUCUUUCUCACUGUUAACGUAGAGCCUCCAUUUUUCCUCUCUUCUUCUUCCUCUUCCUCCCUCUAUACAUACACACACAUAUAUCAUCUCCUUCAAGGGUUUUUUUUCAUAUCUCUCUCUCUAUCCCUCUUCUGUCUGUUUUCCUCCGGUGAUCGGUACGAGGAGCAGGAGAAGUAGAAGUAGACGGAGCCUGUAAUUUUUGCUCUCUCUUUCUGUGUAUCGGAAAAGGAUGGCGGAGGAAUGAACCAAACCUAGAAUCUGGAAAUAAUCGCAGAUCGGAAUCGGAAACCCGAAACCGAAUUUUCUCUUGGGUAUAAUGAUGAGAUAUCAGAGAGUAAGCCCAGAUUGUCUUCCUCUCACCAAUGGCAAGAAGCACUACCUGAGACCUUCUCCUUCACGAGCAUCAAAGGAAGACACCACCGCAGACAACGGCAGAGCAUCCUUCUCCUGCGGAGGACUCAACGGAGUAUGCACGAGCACCAGCUCAGCCGUUGUCGGAGUUUCCAAAGGCAUCCGACUCGGAUCCCACCAAGAUCCUCACGGUGCUAACCUCACCUCUAGUCCCGGCCCCAGUCGCGGCGGAGAUAUGCUGUUGCAGUGGGGACAAAGGAAGCGUUCGAGGGUCUCUCGGGCAGAGAUCCGAUCAUCCGCCGCCUCAAUCACCGCCUCCGCCGAUGACUCGUCGUCGUCUUCCGGACAGGGAAGGAUGCCGUCGAACAAGCUUCAGAGGAGAUCGGCGAACCCGUCAAUGCCGCCGCCGCCGCCGACACCGCCGCUCAUCGGCGGCUUAUCCUCUGGCCGUAGUACGAACCCGAGAGACAGUUUCAUCGCAAGCAAGGAAUCUACAUCUGGAUUCAUCCGUACAAGGAAUUUAGAGGACCGAUCGGCCGCCAAUGGUUCGCCGGCGAGAAACCACGGCGGCAGCGGCCGUGUUCUGUCCAGAUCGACCGCCGUUGCGACCGGAGCUAAGCGAUCUCCGCCGUCGCCGGACAAGAUCGAGAAGAAAUCAAACGGCAAACAGAGACAAAACGGGUUCGAUCAUCACCAUCAACGUGUGAACCGAUCAGAAUCAACGGCUCAGGCUCGAUUGGAGCACGAGACGAACAACAACAAUGGCGAGAAAACGGCGCACGUGGAAGUGAUGGAGUGGCCGAGGAUUUACAUUGCCCUGUCUAGGAAAGAGAAGGAGGAAGAUUUCUUGGCGAUGAAAGGAACAAAGCUCCCGCAUCGGCCCCGGAAACGAGCCAAGAACGUUGAUAGAGCCCUUCAGUAUUGUUUUCCAGGGAUGUGGCUUUCUGACUUGACCAAGAGCCGGUAUGAGGUCAGAGAGAAGAAAAUUGUAAAGAAGCAGCAAAAGAGAAGGGGCUUGAAAGGCAUGGAGAGUGUGGACACCGACUCCGAGUAGAGUAGGAGACCAUCAAUUUCCUCUUUUUCCUUUCGGCAUUGUGAGAGGGGGGGCAGAGGAGCAUUUGUACGAGGUUCAUUUUUUGUUUGGGCAAAUCCUAUGGAGUUUAGUUUUAUUUUUCAUUUAGUUGAUCAUAUAAAUUUCGUUGGGGGUUCAAAUUCUUUUGUUGUGUGAAAUGCUCCUCUUGUACAAAAAUGGAAUCCGAGUGGAGUAGUUGUCUCUUUGAUUGAAUGAUGGGGAAAAAAUAUAUCUCUCUUUUAUUUUCC